CCCGAUAAGAUCAUUGAUAAGAAUCACAGUCACAGGAGACGAUAAACUCCACAAACAACUACCAGUCUUGAGGGAAGCGCGUUCUGAGCGAGAGGGUCGUCUGUUGGUCAGCAGAAUGGACGAGAAGCGCAUGGUGAUCAUUGGGGUGGGUGCGGUGUUGGCGGUGUCCACCAUUGCUUUACUAGCAGUGACUAUGUCCGCCAACCAUGACGAGGGAACGCCUGUAACAAGAGCAAACAAAUCAACUCCUCUUCUUCUCAUAUCACUUGAUGGGUAUCGCAGUAACUAUUUCUAUCGCUAUCAACCAACGCUUAAAAGUAUGGCAGACAAUGGCGUGAAAGCACGCUAUAUGAUGGCCUCCUAUCCGACCAUCACCUUCCCCAACCACUAUUCCAUCGUCACGGGAUUGUAUCCGGCAUCGCAUGGAAUCGUCGCCAACACUUUUUACGAUCCAGACUUUAACGAAACAUUUGCCAUGAACAUGGAGGUCAAGGACGGAAAGUGGUGGGGAGGAGAGCCCAUCUGGCACACACUCACCAGGCAGAACAAAACAAGCGCCACUUUCUUCUGGCCCGGAUCUGAUAUCAACAUCACUGGCCAGUAUCCAACUGAAUAUCGUCCCUUCGACAAGUCAGUGCCUUUUAAAGACCGCGUCGACCAGGUGGUGGAAUGGUUGUCUCGACCAGAUGAGACCAGGCCGGACUGGGUGUGUCUGUACCUUGACGAGCCUGAUGGCACUGGACAUCGUUACGGUCCUGAAACCUCUAAAGUGGACGACGUUCUGGUCGAAGUGGAUGGAAUGAUAAAUCGUCUUCUAACUGGUCUGAGAAGGAAUGAUAUGGAAGACAAAGUGAACAUCAUAGUGUUGGCAGACCAUGGCAUGGCACAAGCAGGCCUAGAGAAACAUAUUAAUCUUGAUGAAUACGUCCCUGGUAUCAAUACUUCAACAACACACAUUACCUAUGGAGCCUUCACUAUGAUGAACUUUAAGGAAAAUGUGAACAUCACGGAAAUGCUAAACACAUUAUCGUGCCCAGAAGGAGCUCCUCAUAUCAGAGCUUUCUUACCGGAAGAUCUCCCAACCCGUUUCCAUUAUUCUUCCAACCCACGGAUCGGCGACAUAGUAAUAGAUUUCGACACGGGCUACUACACCGCGAAGGACUACAUAGAGAAUGGGGAACACGGCUAUGACAACCAUGAUAUCUCCAUGGAAGCCCUCUUCAUUGCCACUGGACCUGACUUUCAGAAGGGCGUAACGCUGGAGCCAUUUCAAAACAUCGAGAUUUACAACCUAAUGUGUUAUCUGACCGAAGUGGAGCCUGCACCAAAUAACGGCACUGAGGGAGCACUCUAUGCUGCAUUGCUUGACCCCCCGGAAAUACCCGAAGUUCCUGUGGAAGAGCUACCGGCACCCAAGUACCCGAUCCAACCGAACUACAGUAUACCGAUGAUAGCCCAGUGCCGGACGAACUUAAGUGAGGAGGAAUCAGUAGAGCUGGAUCAACUCAAAAUAAACGAAAUAGAGCAAAAUACAUUGAUGCAGUCUCACCUUCCAUGGGGCAUCCCGACGUCAGGCAAUCAGUCAGCCGAUACGAUACUACUCUAUCAUAAAGACCACAUCACAGGAUAUUCUACAAAGUUGAAGAUGCCUGUGUGGACAAGCUUCACUGUGAAAAGCUUUCCGCCGGGGACACCAAGGGACGACGAAAACUUGUGGCUUAGUGAUAUGCGUCUAAGUUCAUCCAACACCCCAACGUGUGCGUCCUACCAAGAUGAGAAUCUUUCUAUGUUUCCACUUUUCCCUCCUGAACUCUCCAACAAUAAAUCCAACGUUAUUAUCCCAUAUUUGGUAAGCAAUUCUGUUCCACUGGAAAUCACAGUGAGGAUCAAGGACUAUUUGGAUGAUUUCCUGCAACAGAUCCAAAUGAACCCGAUAGCUUCAUUCAACGUAAAUCUUGGACCUGUAUUUGAUGAGGAUGCAGAUUCCCUUCCGGAUGACGUUUCAAAUUCCACGAAUAUACAAGUCCCUUCUGAUCUCUUCAUGGUAAUCACCCACUGCAGAGAAGUAGGACUUCCCAUCGAAAAGUGUGGAAAUGACUCCCUUGAUGCCAUCUCCUUUAUAAUUCCUGAUAAACAGACUGUUGACAACAGCUGCAAGGAUCCAUACUACGGCAAUACCAUGUUCCUGUCUACGGUGCACGAUGUAGAACUCGCUACAGGCCUUACCUUCUACCCUGAGCUUGAGCCCUCGACACGCCUACAACUGACACUCAGGAUCCACAGAGAUGUGAAAGAAACUUUAAUAAGAAACCUUUAAUAUGACAUUUACACAAUUGAGCAAUCAGUCUUAUAUUCUGCAUAAUGUAAAUAUAAUGCCUCCAGGUAGUAUUAUAGAGAGUAUAUGUAUAAUUUCUGGGCCACUGUAUAUGAUGUGCAAUAAUUUAUGCAACAAACAUGUUAAGUGUACUUAAUAUGACUAUACAUCUAUUCAUACACAGCUGAUGUGAACACAGUCCCUUGUGAGCAUCUGUUGUUGAGAUGAAAGUGUAAAUGGCAACAUGAUUGAAAAAGAAAUCUGAUUGCUUUCAUUGGAAAGCAGUCAUUUAGUUUUUAACCAGUAUCAUAUAGCAGAACAUACAUAUCAUGUGCAAAUAAUCACUGGGCAAUAAAUAUGUGGCCCUAUAACCAUACAGUGUAUGUGUUCAUGUCUAUUCAAUAUUUCCUUCAAUUAAUGUAUAAUAUCUUUUAUCAUUUCUCGUGUGUGCAUGUUUAGUAUGGCUUUAUCAAGGGCAUGCUGUGGUUGAGAUUUAGUAAAUUAUGACGAAAAAUUAUUUUUUUUCAAUUCCUGCAGAUUAUUGUAGGAAAAAUAUUCAGAAUUCAUAUAGUAUAUGAAUCACAGCCCUAUGCGAAUUGCAACACUCAUUCUGAUGCAUUUAAAGGGACAUGAGUGGCGUACUCCAUGAGGUGGGCAUGACGCAAUAAACACUCUCUAAGCAUUGUGGUAUAUUGCUUUUUUUCCUUGUCAUUUUACCACUGAUAUUGGUUUCUGUGGUGAGGCUCCACCCAUUAAAUCGCUCACCUCCUUCUUUCCUUUGCUUGGUCAUACAGCACCUCAGUGCGACAGACUAAAGGCGAAGUAUCUCAAAACAAGAUUUUCAAAAAAAAAAAAAAAAAAAAAAAAAAAAUCUAUCUAUCUAUCUAUCUAUCUAUCUAUCUAUAUAUAUAUAUAUAUAUAUAUAUAUAUAUAUAUAUAUAUAUAUAUAUAUAUAUAUAUAUAUAUGCUGUCUUGAAACUUGGUGUACUUAUUGACAGGGAUUGGGGUAACAUUUUGUCUGACCAACUUUUCCCUAAAGAGAUUAGAAAGUUUUUGAUGAAGGAAAAUAACCGCUUUUCAUGCUAUUUUGAUGAUGUCAAGAAAUGCAAACACUUUAAAAAUUCAUAUCUCAUUACAUAUGUAGAUAUUGAGAAAAAGCAUUCUCUACGUUAAAGUCUUUAAGCAUCUCUCAAGUAUGUCCAUGCCAAAACACAUUUCAAAAUAAAUUGAAAUAAUGCCUGUAGAACACUUUGAAUGCAACUCUAUGCAUGACAUCAUUACUCUAUCACAUUCAUAUUCAUUGACAACCUGCAGCUUACAAUAUUCUUAAAAUUUCAAAUUGCAAAUCCUAUCAAUUUUUUUAUUAUUAAUUUUUCAAAUCUCGAUCGCAGCAUGCCCUUAACCUGAUUGUGACACACACACACACACACACACACACACUGAGCCCUGCUGAAACCCUGUAAUAAACAACUAGGUAAAUACACCCAGCAGGUUUGGCCAAAACUGCACCAAUAGCAGUAUGCAGAUGAUGUAUUUAGUGUGAUGUGAAAUAUAAAAUAAACUUGAAAAUACUUUA